UCACGUUCUCUGCGAGAGAAUUUGGUCUAAAUUCCGGUUGCCGUGGGCAACCGGGUUUUGGGUGGUGACUCGUUAAUGAAUCCGCUUGGCCAUCCUGGCCGGCUCCUUUUAUUUUCGGCGAAGAAUCGGCAAACAGCGGCGGCAAAUCAAUGUGCCUAGGAUCAGUCGCCACUGGCCGCGGUUUGUGCUCGUGCGCGCGAGCCAACUGCCCUCCUACCCGAUGGAAGUAGUAGCAACAGUCUUGCUGGUGGCGACAGUGCUGCUUCAUCGGAUGACAGUGAGCCCAUCCUAGCUACGGAAUGCGCAUCGGCGGAUCACUGUAGCGUUUCCUCUACGAGUCAACUAUUUCGUGCAAGUUUCCUCGAGCAGCAUUGUCGUUUAUCCAUUUUUUGUCGUGGGCGGCGUUUUAUGAUUUUUGAGAGUGCCGGCGAAAGAAGAGUUCAAGGUUGGAGGGCACCCCAGUGCUGGUGCUACAGCCGUCACUUGGAAGACGACGACCAUGGCGAGCAGCGACGUGAUCGAGGUGUUGAUCGAGACGCUGCACGGCACCGCCUUCGAGCUGCUCGUCUCGCCUGCGGACACCGUGGUUUCGAUCAAGUCCAGGAUAUCGAGGCUCGAAGGUAUCCCAGUGUCCCAGCAACACCUGAUUUGGCAGAGCCAAGAGCUGCCCGAUGAUUCCUCCCUGCACGAGUGCAACAUCACUGAUGGAGCCACCAUCCGGCUGGUGCUGGGUAUGCGAGGAGGGCCCAUCAACACCCGCAAAGACCGUGUCCUUUUUGUGGGGCGUUUCAUUACACCCUACCUGGAGGAGCGGCCAUCCCUGCAUGAUGUGGCCAAAUAUCUGGACACCAGAGGGGAGGAAGUGAGCCUGAACGUCCCUCGUCUGCGAGCGGUGCGCCUGGUGGUGAUGCGGGACGGGGACAAGGUGCAUUUGUACACUGUACUGGACAGCGUUCCUAGGCCUCCUUCGGGGCUGCUCAGGUGCAGUGAGGACAACACCCCCCGAGAGCUGAGUGAUGAGGACAGUGCCUCCGAGAGAAGCCGGCAUCGAGAGAACCAGGUCACCCGCCAGAAGCUGGAGGAGCUGCAGAAAAAGAUGCGCAACUUGCGGCUGCGAAAGGAGGGUCAGCCUACAUUCAUUGGCCAAACUGCACCGAAAUUCACCAAGGCUCCAUCGAAGGCACUCUUGCCACCUCUUAAGCCACUGAAGCCUCAACCUGCAGCAAGGCUGGAUGACGACAACGCUGCUUCUGCUGCUGAUACAGGACCUCCUACAGUUGUGCCACGGAACUCGCUGCCAUCAUCUAAUGUGCCAGUUUUUGGAAAGAAAAAAGCUCUCUGCAUGCAUGGUGCAGCUGAGAAGGCUCUGGGCAGUGGCACGGUGCUUCCCCAGCUGCCAACCACGUCUUGCGGCAGCCGUAUUACUCCACGCCACUGGCGCUCCCCAUUGUCCAUUCAAGGCAGCAGUCACGCAUCCCAUAAUCUGCCAUCGCCUCUUGCCAGAGCCGAGGCAACUGGAGCAGUGCCCAAACGCACUGAGCGGACCACUGGAGCCGUUCACACUCGGGCCGGUGCUGGCUUUCAGGGACGCUGCCGCAAAGUUCUGUUGCUGGCCACUCUUGGGCCAGUGGGUUCAUCAUCAUCCCGUUGUGCUUCACUGCCUGAAGAAGGCGGCACUGCCUGCACUGCCGAGCCUACACGCUACUAUAAGGUUCUGCCCCCUGUGGGUCGUCAAGAGCAGGCUUGCCUGCCCUGCCUGCCUCCUGACUGUGAACGACAGCCUGGUCAAGACCUGGCUGCUGCUGUGGCGUCAAUGCUUGAGCCACUCGAGCUUGACUGGGCUGACUGUGACAGGCCCCGGACCGCUCCGGCACGUUUCGUGCGCGUGUCGGUGAUCCAUCGCACCAAGACAAGCCGUCCCAUCGUGUCUUCUCCAUGCACUCCUGACAAAGGCCAUGCCUGCAAAGUAAAGGCUCCAUCGACAGGUGGAAUAGCCGAGGUGGCUGAAACAUCCGCCCUGCCUAGCUCUGUGCCCGUCAAGCCCCUGCCAUUGGCCUCUGGCCCGCUAACUCCACUGCCAGCUAGCCCCAAGCCAUUGCGUCCACUCUCGCCAGCAACACCUCUGGAGAUGCCUCCAGCUGAUUCGGAUGCCUGCCGCCAAGAACUCUUCGAUGCACUGAAGCCUCCUCCUCCAUCAGCUGGAAGUGCUGAAGGCAUUCGCUGGGCCCUGGGCAACGCCGCACACCGUGCUGCUAUGUUGACACCAUCUCGAACGCGUGUGGCCCCGCUGCUGAAGCGUGUUGUUCAGCAUGAGCUGUGGAACCUAGAACAGGAGCUGAACACCAGUCGGUCGCGCUGGGCACGUCUCGCCGCUGAUAACGAUGGGGACAACCGUAAGACGCCGCCACCGAAUAACAACGUGCCCACAUCUAAUGGCCCUCCAAGUGGGAGCACCGAGAGGUCUACGGGAUCUUCAGCAGAAGCCUCUGGCUCUACUGUCACUGGCGCCAGUGUGGCUACACUGCCUGCUGAAUCAAGUGCUUCAGCAGUCAGUGCUUCAGCAGGCUCAAUGUCGGCAGACACAGCUAGCAUCACUGCUUCUACCAGUGGCAGCAAUGUUGCGCUGUCCGUGGAUGUGGGCACUGGGUCCUCUGCUGAGCUGACUGUUGGGAAUGGAGCUGAACUGAUGCCAGUCCCGGUGGAUGAUGACUCAAGCAGCACUUCAGAGUCCAAGACUGACGACAUGCCAGUGGAUCCGCUGCACCCGUCCCCUGGAAAGGCCAAGAAGAAGGGAAAGCGAUGCUCUUGGUGCAACAAAAAAACUGGACUGGCAUCCACCUAUGUCUGCAGAUGUGGAAGCACUUUCUGUGCUGCUCACCGUUAUGCUGAGGCACAUGGAUGCUCUCACGACUACAAGGCAGAGGGGCGUUACAUUCUGCAGCGUAACAACCCUGUGGUCAAGGCAGCCAAGUUGCCCAAGAUCUAGUUCCCUUAAUGGGCAGCAAAUGGACAUCCACAACAAUGCCUGCUCCGAAGAAUCAGCGGGGCUGUGUGCAAACCUUUUCUUCCCGAGCCAUGCAAGUUUUUUUUUUUUUUUUUCAUCAGCACAGACAUGCCACUACUUUUGAUUCUUUAUGCAAGCCCAUGGUUUCCUGGCUGGAAGACUGAUUUGCUAGCAGAAGAGCUGUUAGUGCACAAGUCGCCACCAGACAGCUGCACACUUGCAGUUUACUUGUCAGCAUAAGGCUUCUUUGCCUCAAAAUAAGUAUUGACUGGUGGACCGGUGAUGCACCUCAACCCUUAGGACUUAGUGGGCAAUCGUGACCAUGCAACUUUUCCUUCUUCUCAUUUUCCUUUUCUUUGUGUGGCUUUGAAUUCUCAAAGCAGUCCUUGCAGUGGCUGAAGGCACUUAUGGGGGCACCAUGUUGGUGCAUUGUAUUGUAUUCUUGCUCUUUAGCUUUUUUUUUUCUUUCAACCGAUUCGGACUGGGAAUUCUUCUGGAUGCCAAGGCAGGCUGCUUCUCUUUCCAUCUGGUCUGAUAUCUCCAACAUUUUUUUUACUAGGACUGAUGUUUUUUGAAAUUCUAUCUGAAUAAAUUGUAGUUUGUCUGGAACAUGAA